AUGGCUGUUGAAGUAGUAUCAGUUCCUCCAAUAAACAUGUCCUGUAAUUGGCAAAGACACACAAAGUUGCAUAGAGUUAUAAAGGUAGAGAUGGAAUCACUUCUAGAUGUAACUUCACUUACAGUGGUGGAUGGGUGGAAGAAGGUGAAGAAAAAGGGAGCAAUAAUUAAACUUGACUUUGAGAAGGCCUUUGAAUCGUGUGUUACUUCAGCUCGUAUUUCAGUCCUUGUUAAUGGUUCUCCUACUGAUGAGUUUUGUCCACAAAGGGGUCUUAGACAAGGAGAUCCAUUGUCCCCAUUUCUUUUUAACUUGGUGGCUGAGGGAUUAAAUGUGUUAUUAUCUAGAGCAUACCAGUUGGGUAUUAUUAAAGGGGUGAAAAUAGGUGUUGGGGUGUGGUGUUGUCUCAUUUGCAAUUUGCGGAUGAUUCCUUACUUUUGUGCGAAGCUGAAGAUAAGGAGAUUUGCUGCCAUUCUGAAUUGCAAGACCAGUAAGCUGCCUCUGCAAUAUUUAGGGCUGCCAUUAGGAGCUAAUCCCAGCCGUAAAGCAACCUGGAAAUCAGUGGUGGAUAAAGUGAGAAGCAGAUUAGCUAGCUGGAAGAGGAAACUUUUAUCCCAUGCUGGUAGGCUUACUCUUAUUAAAUCUGCGCGUGCAUCAUUGCUUGUGUACUAUCUGUCUUUAUUCAAAAUGCCGGAUGGGGUAGCUAGAGUGUUAGAGAGAUUGUAG